AGGUGGGGGAGAGAGAGAGAGAGAGAGAGAGAAUCACGCUUCAGCCUUCAGGGGAAGGUAGGGGAAGAGAGAGAGAGAGAGAGUUAAUGGCUAUUUUUGAAAGCUAAUAUAUCCCCACAAACCAGAAUCCCUUGUUGCGGAAAACGAGCAUAGGCGCAAAAUCCGUGGAAGAAAGAGAAAUAGAGGGGAAAUGCAUCUCUUUUUAUCCCUCUGAUUUCGAACUCUCCGUUCUUUAAUCUUGUUUUGUUCUAUUUGAUUAGUUUUUUGGAGGGAUUUUGAAGGAGAUAUGCAAGCGCACAGAUGGAGAAACAUCUUGGCUCUAAGGAAUUCCUUUUCGCAGACUUGUUAUUCCGCUUCAUUUCAUUCCACUCCUGCGUCUCUCGAGAAGUGGAAGAAUAAAUGGAACUGGGCUGAAGGAAGAGGACAGCAACCAUCUAAGAAUUAUGUCAGGUAUGCAACACGUCAAAAGCGUGCAGAUACUAAGAGAGCACUGAAAGAUCUUCUCUACAAGAGUGGGUCUUCCAAAUUGUCAUUUGAGGAUGAAUCCCCAACAUGGGGAACCACCAAAUCAAGCGGUUGGGAGACUGAAGAAAUAGAUGACUCACGUGGUAAUGGCAGACAGUCCGAAUCAAAGAAUUCUUCUGCAAAAUCUAAUUCUCGCCGUUCAGGUGCUGGAAAGGGCAAUAGAAACAAGCGUAAACUGAGAAGGGACAGCUUCUUUGAUGAGUUAAAUGAGCAUCCAGAGACAGUUUUUCAGGCAACAUUUGGGAAUAGAUGUUUUACUUGGUCUUUUAGGUCAUGGGAAGAAUCCCAUUUCCGGAGUAGUUCAACAACAGGAUUUGAGUGGAGAGACCAUUCAAACAGGACAAACAAUAGGAGGGAAGAAUGGGAGACUACUAGUGAAAGUGAUGAUGAUAACGAGUCUUGUGUUGUUGGUUCAUAUGCUGAUAGAACAAUACUUGGGCUGCCACCUGCAGGCCCUUUAAAGAUUGAAGAUGUCAAAAGCGCCUUCCAUGCUUCAGCUUUAAAGUGGCAUCCUGAUAAGCAUCAAGGCCCUUUGCAGGCAAAAGCGGAAGAAAAAUUCAAACUUUGUCUUGAUGCAUACAAGUCCUUGUGCAAUGCACUUGCAGCUUAAGUGGUGAGACCAACUCCUCGCUAGGUUACCCUUACGGCUGAUCUUUGCUGAGAAAGGACCAACUCACAAUUAGGUUUCCUUCACAAUGGAGCUUCUUUGCUGAGAAGAAGUGAAUAAUUCUUUUUUCUCUUUUCUUAUUUUCCCUCAUAAAUUAUUUCCAUUCUCUUUGGAUUGUAGCCAGGCCUUAUUUAUUUAUCCUGCAAGCCCUUCUGUUCUGGGCUUAAUAUUGGUAGGCACUAACCGGUGCAACCCCAAGCUUAAUCAAAAUUUAGAUUAUUGUUGUACAAGAAAUCCAAGCCUUCAGGUCUUUUAACAGUGAAAUAAAUAUGUUGGUUAUGUUA